AUGGCAUGGGGAGGCGAUGACGACAGGCGACCAGAUGCAGAUGAGGGAGAGGAAGAGUUGGAUGAGACUGAUUACAAAACACAAAAAGAUGCCGUGUUGUUUGCGAUUGAUGUCAGCUCGUCGAUGCUCCAACAACCCCCUGCUACGGAUAAGAAGAGGGCCGAUAAGGACUCGGCCAUUGCUGCAGCCCUGAAAUGCGCCUAUCAAUUCAUGCAGCAGCGCAUCAUUGCGCAACCUAAGGAUAUGAUGGGGAUUCUCCUCUUUGGCACAGAAAAGUCAAGGUUCCGCGACGAGGUUGGGGGGCGCAGCUCUGGGUAUCCUCACUGCUACCUCUUCACGGAUCUUGACGUCCCCGCUGCUGAAGAUGUCAAGAGUCUGAAGGCAUUGGUGGAAGAAGGCGAAGACCCAGACGAGGUGCUCGUCCCGGCCAAGGAGCCCGCUUCCAUGGCCAAUGUGCUCUUCUGUGCCAACCAGGUGUUCACCACCAAUGCAGCAAAUUUUGGCUCCCGAAGGCUGUUCAUCAUUACGGAUAACGAUGCUCCACAUGGAAAGGACAAGGCGGCAAAGUCUGCGGCAGCGGUACGGGCGAAGGAUCUUUACGACCUUGGUGUUGUCAUUGAGCUUUUUCCCGUUAGCCACGAAGGCAAAGCCUUUGAUGUGUCCAAGUUCUAUGACGAUAUCAUCUAUCGCGACCCGGCCACUGAGGCUAUUUCAGACGAGGUCAAGACCUCCAAAUCAGGCGAUGGCUUGAGUCUCCUCAACUCCCUAAUAUCCAACAUCAAUUCGAAACAAACACCGAAACGGGCGUAUUUCUCGAAUUUGCACUUCGAACUUGCGCCCAAUGUCACAAUAUCAGUGAAGGGUUACAUGCCUCUUCAUCGCCAACAACCCGCACGCACGUGCUACGUUUGGCUUGGGGGGGAGCAAGCACAACUUGCUCAGUCCGAGACCAUCAAGGUUGACUCAGCCACUCGGACUGUCGAUAAGUCCGAGGUGAAGAAGGCGUACAAAUUCGGUGGGGAGUACAUUCAUUUCAAACCCGAGGAAGCCGCAUCCUUGAAGAACCUCGGAGGCAAGGUCCUUCGAGUUAUUGGGUUUAAGCCGCGCUCUCUGUUGCCGACGUGGGCCUCGGUGAAGAAAUCUAUCUUCAUUUUCCCCAGCGAAGAGCAUUUUGUCGGUUCCACCCCCCGUGAGAACGCGAACCCGAUCAUGGUGGCCAUCAUCCCUUCUAGAGCGAUGGAUGAUGAAACAUCAGAGACGCCAUAUCUCCCAGCGGGACUCUGGCUGUAUCCUCUGCCCUUUGCAGAUGACGUCAGGAACGUGGACUUGGCGGCACCGCCAAGGCCUGCCGACGAGCUCACAGACAAGAUGCGGGAGAUCGUGCAGAACCUCCAGCUACCAAAGGCCAUGUACAACCCGCUCAAGUACCCCAACCCGUCAUUGCAAUGGCAUUACAAGGUCCUGCAGGCCAUGGCGCUGGACGAGGAUGUGCCAGAGGCCUUGGAUGACGCGACGAUCCCGAAAUAUAGACAAAUCGACAAGCGGGUUGGCGGAUAUUUGGCUGAGUGGAAGGAAGCACUCACGGAGAAGGCUGGCGGGCUCAUGAAGAGCAGAGCAAUGAAGCGCGAGGCGGAGGACGAGGACGUCAGUCGGCCGCUAGCGAAACGCACGAAGCCCGCCGCGCCUAAGGAAGCAGCGGGGGGGCAUAUGAGCAAUGCACAGCUCAAGGCUGCUCUUGAACAAGACACACUCAAGAAGAUGACGGUGGCAGAGCUGAAAGAUGUGCUGGCGAGCAAGGGGGUCAGUGCGGUUGGGAAAAAGGCCGAGCUGGUCGAUAAGUUGGAGCAAUGGAUCGAGGAGAAUGUUUGA